GCAACAACUAUAGGCGCACGAAUAAUAGCAGAGACGUAGAUGGGAUUUCUUCACAUACAUCCUCACCUUUCCUGUUCGUGGUUGAAGCAAUAUUCAGCCACAGUGGAGAUUGGAGAAACGAUAGCAACCCCUUAGGACGGACUUUUACGGACACAGUACAUCUGUACUGUUCGACUCGGCAAGUCUAUCAAGAACCUGCAACUUCUCACCAUGGCAACAAGUAUGGAGAGUGACGUGGCUGUAGCCAGUGUGGACCUCCAGCCCUUCGAGCCCGAGCCUCCAACGUACGACAAUGCCUUCCCUGCCCUGGCCCCCGAGUCCCGCCCGGACCGCCCUGCUGCCAACUUCAUGGACCAGGGGGCGUGGAAGCCCAAGUUCCUGACCAGGCAGUCCAAGUGCACUCAGGUGUUUACUGUACCUCUGGAAGAACGAAAGUUUAAGGAGCUCAACGAAAGGCAAUUUGGAGAGGAAAGUGACCAGAUGAAAAUCUGCAAGGAUAUUAUGCAGAAGACGAAUGUUUCAAUUGAACUGAGUCUUGCGAAAGAUCAAAGUAUGACGGUGGUGAUCAAUGGGAGAACUGAUGAUGUGAUGAAGGCCAGGCGCGAAGUUGUUGGAAAACUUCAAACUCAGGCCAGCAGCAUUUUGGUGAUCCCCCGUGAGUACCAUCGUUUUAUUCUGGGAAAGAGUGGUAAGAAGCUGCAGGAGAUCGAGCUAGCAACUGCGACAAAGAUCUCCCUCCCGCGCGCUGACGAUAAGAAUAACCCCAACGAAAUUCGUAUCUCCGGCGCGAAGGAGGGGAUCGAUAAGGCACGACAUGAAAUCGAAGCAAUCCACGAGGAACAGGCCAAGCUUGCGUUUGAGCGACUCCCGAUUCCCAAGGUGUUCCACCCAUUUGUGUGUGGCCCCAACAAGGAGAACAUUACACGGCUGACGGAGGAGACUGGAGCAAAGAUCAGUGUACCCCCUCACAAGGAUGAGAUUGUGGUGUCUGGGGAGAAAGAAGGCGUGCUUAAGUGUAAGCAGACAAUGAUGGCCAUUUACGAGGACAAGAAAAACCGGUGCCAGACAGUGUCUGUGGAGGUGAGCAAGUCCCAGCACAAGUACGUGGUCGGCCCUCGCUAUACCAACAUCCAGGAGAUCCUGGCCAACACGGGCGUGUCUGUGGAGGUGCCCGACCCCGGUUCUCCGUCGGAGACCAUCACGCUGAGAGGAGAGCAGGAGAAGCUGGGGCAGGCCUUGACGGAAGUCUACAGCAAGGCCAACAGUGUGGUGUUCUCCGAUGUGACUGCCCCCUCCUGGUUACACAGGUUCAUCAUCGGCAGGAAAGGCAGCAACAUUAAAGAAAUUACGGAGAACUUUCCUGCUGUUCACAUCGAGUUCACGGAGGGCCAGGACAAGAUCACGGUGGAGGGACCGCCAGAGGAGGUGAACAAAGCUGUGGAGAAACUCAACGUUAUCGUCACUGACCUGAAAAACCGCAUGGAUUUUGCUGAGAUUCAAGUGGACCAAAAAUUCCAUAAACAUAUUAUUGGCAGGGGUGGUUCCAACAUCACUCGCAUUAAGCAAGAGACGGGUGUUUCCAUCAAAAUUCCAUCAGAUGGAGAAAACAGCAACAUCAUUAGGAUAGAGGGAGACCCGAAGGGUGUUAAAGUCGCCAAAGAGCAACUUUUGGAAAUGGCAACCAGAAUGGAAAAUGAGAAGUCGAGAGACGUGCUGAUUGAGCACAGGUUCCACCGGCAGAUCAUCGGCUCAAAGGGAGAGAACAUUCGGGAGAUCAGAGACAAAUUCAACCAGGUCCAGAUUACGUUCCCAGACCCUGGGAAAAAGAGCGACGUGGUGACGCUGCGGGGGCCCAAGAAUGACGUAGAUAGGGCGUUUAAGCAUCUGCAGAACCUGGGCAAGGAGCUGGUUGAAAAUAAUUAUCAAGCUCAGGUGCAUAUUUUCAAGGACUUCCACAAGAACAUCAUUGGCAAAGGUGGCAACACCAUUAAGAAGAUCCGUGAGGAGACAGACACUAAGAUCGAUCUUCCCAGCGAGAGCAGCGACAGCGAUGUCAUCACCAUCACAGGCAAGAAGGCCAAUGUGGAAAAGGCUCAGGCCAAGAUUGAGGCUAUACAAAAAGAAAUGGGGAACAUUAAGGAAGCGAUCAUCGAGAUCCCGCAGAAGCUGCACAACUCGCUGAUUGGAACCAAGGGGCGCUUCAUCCGCUCUGUGAUGGAGGACUGUGGGGGCGUCAUGAUCCGCUUCCCCCAGGAGGGCUCCAAGAGCGACAAGGUGGUGAUCCGCGGGCCCAGCGCCGAUGUGGAGAACGCCAAACAGCAGCUCAUGGAGCUGGCCAAUGAGAAGAAAGAGAAUGCGUACACGGAAGACGUGACAGCCAAGCCUCAGUAUCACAAGUUCCUCAUCGGGAAAGGAGGAUCAACCAUCAAGAAGGUGCGAGAAAGUACGGGUGUGCGGAUCAUCUUCCCCUCCUCCAACGACCAGGACCAGGAGACCAUCUCCAUCAUCGGCAAGGAGGAAGGUGUCAAGGCAGCCAAGAGAGAACUGGAGAUGCAGAUUAAAAACCUGGACAACAUCGUGGAAGGUGAGAUCACUGUUGAUCCCAAGCACCACCGCCACUUUGUGGCCCGGCGUGGCGAGGUGCUGCGACAGAUUGCGGACGAUUUCGGCGGUGUGAUCGUCAGCUUCCCCCGCAGCGGCGUGAACAGCGACCGCGUGGUCAUCAAGGGCGCUAAGGAUUGUGUGGAGGCCGCCAAGAAGAAGAUUCUGGAGAUCGUGGAUGAUCUGGAGGCUCAAGUGACGGUGGAGUGCGUCAUCCUGCAGGCUGACCACCGCACAGUCAUGGGCAGCGGAGGGGCCAAUGUGAGGGAGAUCACCAAGCAGUACGAUGUGGGCAUCAAGUUCCCUGACAAGCCCGUGCAGAACGGCACCCCAGCAGAGGAGCCCCUUGUCAAUGGAGAAGCUAACGGAGAGGAGGGCACCGAGGGGUCACGCAAGUGUGACACCAUCAUCAUCACGGGCAAGCCGGAGAACUGCGAGAAUGCCAAGCAAGCUCUGCUGGAUCUGGUCCCAGUGCUGGAAGAGGUGACCGUCCCCUUCGAGUACCACAAGUUCAUCAUCGGCCAGCGUGGCCGCGACGUGCGCAAGUUGAUGCAGGACUAUGACGUGAACAUCUCCAUACCACCUGCUGAGGAGCAGAGUGACCUGGUCAAGGUUCGCGGACCGCCCGCCAAUGUGUCACGGGCGAAAGAUGCCAUUUUGGAGCGGGUCAACCAGCUGGAGCAGGAGAAGGAGGAUAGGGAACUGAAGAGCUUCAAGUUGACGGUGGAAGUAGAUGAAAAGUACCACCCGAAGAUCAUUGGUCGCCGUGGCAACCUCAUCACGGCUAUCCGCAAGAAGCAUGACGUGAACGUGCAGUUCCCCGAGAAGGGCAGCGAGGACCAGAACCUGAUCACCAUCACAGGCUACCAGGAGAACGCCGAGGCCACUCGUGACGAGAUCCUCAAGAUCGUCAAAGACUAUGAGGACAUGUACACAGAAGAGGUGAAGAUCGACAGCCGUGUCCACCCCCGCAUCAUCGGGGCCAAGGGUCGCGGCAUCAACCGCCUCAUGGAGGAUUUCAGCGUGGACCUUCGCUUCCCCCGCUCCACGGACCCCGACCCCAACUUGGUGACCAUCUCGGGGGCUGAGGACAAUGUGCUGGACUGCAAGGACUAUUUGCUCAAUAUUGAGGAGGAAUAUCUCCAAGACUUUGUGGACCAGGAAUACCUGCGUGAGCUCCAGCGCCCGCCCAGCAAAGGUACCUCGGAGCCCUCCCAUCCCCGUGGACCCACGCAAGGCUUCAUCGUCAAGGACGCACCUUGGGACCGCGCCCCGGACACGGAGAGCCAGGAGGAGUUCCCCAGCUUUGGCACGGUGGUGGCCCCCAAGGGACGCUCGUGGGGACCAAUCAGAAAGUAAACGAGCUACCAGCACCACCACCGCCAUUGCAAGCAAGAACAUCAGCGAUGACAACUGCUGUCUUCUUAGCUAUCGAGAUCUCCGACAGUUUGAUAAUCACCCAUUGCUUGCAGGUUAUAACGACACCAGCUUGUCUUUGUUAAGUGCAUUGGCUCCUUUGUGGGCUAGUACAAACUCACACAAGUUCUCAUAUUUUGCAAGCUGCCAACUCCAGUCAUGAUAGUAUUCCAAGUUUUACGGUAUAUCUGUUGGUGCCUUGAUUGAAUUAUGAAACAAUGAAAACCAGGCCAAUCCAGGUAGUGUUGUGGUGUAUAUGGAUUCUGUAAUAGGAGUGGCAUGGAAAGUAGAUACAGUUGACUGCAUUUAUAUCUUUCCUCACUCUCUCCUUCAGCAGUGUCUACUUGUUAAAUGUACGUUUUAUGGUCUCAGCUUCAAUACUGCUACAGCAACUAAGAAAAUGUUGUAGAUUUAUAUCUUGUCAAUGUUUUUAGAAAUGGACAAGAGAUAGUUUUCCAGUCAAUAAGUUGUUGGAGCAAGGUUACUAGCAUAACAACAGUACAUAUAAUGUGCUGAACACAAGACAUUGGUUUUUGUUGUUUUUUUCAAUUGUUGUUAAGUAUCAUUGAUUUUUUAACAAAAUUCUAAACUUAUACUGUACUGAGACCAGUGAUUGUAAAAUGAUUAUUUACUAGUAAUAGUAUCAGGGAUUUUUGUCUUAGCUUCUAAAAGGGGAGUUGUUUGUGGAGUGCCGUAGGAGAUAAGUGUUUGAAACAGAUUUCUGUUUUUCUGGAAUCGUAAUUUGAAUUUGUGCCCUUUGAUUUCGGUUGGGUUUAAAAAAAAUAGUUUUUGUUUUUGUAUGUUCAGCUUAUUUUAUGUACGGCUGUUGUUGUGGGUUUUUUUUAAUUGUACAUUCGCAAAUUCAGGAAUAUGAACAUAGGUAGGAAUUGUUGGUAUACUUUCUGAGAUCAGAAAUAAUACCAGGAGGGAAUGAUGGGGUGGUCUCUGUUUAGUUUGGAAAUGAUUGGUGAGAUAUGUUGAGCUCAAUGCAGCUCCCCUCCUCCCCUUCCACAAGACGCAUGCGACACAGACACACACAUAAUAAGCACACACCAUUCACGACCCCCCGGCCGUUCACCUAGCGGACAGUCCAGUAGUAAAAAAAUGAUCUCUGCAGAUUGCAUUUAGUACUGCUUCUACCACUGAUUUACUUUUCUUACCCGGGCAUUUUGAGGUGUUUUCUGCUUUUCACCCUCACUUAAAUAGAUUGCUAUUUAAUUGCUUUCUUUACUUUAUUGUAAAUACUUAAUUAGUUCCCUGCCUUGUUUUACGCUCGCACCCUGUGUAUUUUCCCCCAUAGUAAGUUAUUGUUCAGAAGUAAUGAGACACUUUGUAUCACACAGAAAAGUCACAUGCAACAUUAUUGCUGCCUGCCUUCCGCAUUGUAUUUUUUCUGUCCACUGAUUUCUUUCUUUCUUUGUGUUGCUUCUUGUGUCUAAUGGUUUCUCUCUCACCACAGGGUCUGUCUCAUGUCCAUGCACAGGGUUCUUGAGCUUCACUCGCUUAUUCUCAUUGUUUUCUCAGAUUUUGUAGAAACUUAAGUUCCAUCCGCGAAGCGAUGACCCGCUUUGAUUUUUAGUAAUAGUAGGACGAUGUACAUCUGAAGAAAGUCUUCUUUUGACUCUUUUUUUAAAAUGUGGGCCAGGGGUAGGCUAGUGGUGUUCCGGUAUGGGGGUAUGGUUGUUUCUGGGGCUCUCGGCCAGUUACAGACUUGGCCUUUGUCGGCAAGUCUGGGAUUACGUAUAUGUGUAGUGUAUUGAAAAAAUAUAGAGUGCGCAAGUCGGGGGGGUUUCUGAAUUUCUGUGUUCUCAAAUCUUAUUUAAAAAAUGACUUGCACACUUGUGGAAUGAUGCUGGGGAACUUGAAGGUCGUUUGUUUUUUCUUCAAUGAUUUGGUCAGACACUAAAUUCAUGUGCUAGUCUCAGUUCUCCACCUUUGAUAGUCCCUGUCUCGUGUGUCGCAGUGCUCAAUUCUUUAAAAGGUUGUUCUUGUAAAACAAUAAGGCCAGUCUUGUACCCCUAGCCCCUCCAAAUCUUGGAUGGUGUUACUGCUUAAUUUUAAUUUUGAAUUGACAACAAUAGUUGCGGUUGCAUUUCAUUAGUGUUGUGCGUACUGCGGAGCAGUAUUUCAUUGUUACCAUUAUGCAAAUUUGUGAGACUGGAUCUCUCUUCUUUCUGUCUGUCUGCCCAUUUCUUUCUGUCUGUCACUCUUUCUGUCUCUCUCUCCACUGUUGUACUCGAGCUGUCCAGAAUGACUGGAUGUGUGUGUGUGUGUGGCAGGCUGAUGAUUUGCCCCCAAUCGCUGGCGCUGUUAACCCCCCCCCUCCCAAUUGCCUCGCAUCAGUGUAUAGAGUCCAAAUCCAAGUGAUUCGCUAGACAGUCGUAGGGCUGGUCUUGUUGAUUGUCACUGUUUGGGUUUGGCUGCUUUCACACGUAUUGGGUUAUUUUGUUGCCCCCCUCUUUGUCUUCAGGUAUACUAUUAUUGACUGCCAACUGGAUCUUACUGUGAGUUUGUUGAAAACCUGGACAAUGCAUCAAGUCACAAACAUUAAUAAUGCCUUUUAUGAGUGAUGAUGAUGAAAACAAGUAGUUCUAAUGAUGAUACCAUUAAUUAUUGAGAGAUAAGAAGAGAAAAGAUUUUAUAUUUGUAUUGUGUACUACCUUACGUUGUUUUGUUUUUUUGAUGAGUUGUGUGAGUGCAUGCACCCGUGCGGUGGAAUUUUUUUUUUGGGUGGGGGGUGGGGGGUUUGGACAAUGUUCUCUGUGCUGAAGACGACAGCAACUAGGGCGAGGCUAUCGACACUUGCUCCUACCCAACCCUGGAUCAGCCCUGCCUUGUCACUGUGUGCAGUCCGGGCUUGGGUUGGAACAAGAGAUUUAUAUCGCUUUUGUGUGGACGAGGAGGAGACAUCUGCUUCUUUUUCUUCAUCCACUCAUUCCUAUCUCAUGUUAGAUAAUCAUCAUCUUCAUCAGUUUGUUGGGUUGUUUUUUUUUCCCCUGGGGGUAGUGUUGUUGUUUUUUUUCGCGGCGCAGCCUGUACAAAGUUUAUUGUCUUUCAGACUGGAAUGGCUAUUGGCCAUUUUUUAAUAAAGAAUAAUAAUGAUGUAUCGUCACUACUGUUCCUGGUUUGUGAGGUGAAGGGUUUAGAAUUGUUCCCCCUCCCCCCUCCCCCUCCAUUUUUUUGGGAAUCUGCCUUGGGUAGAGAAAUGAGUUGUGAGAGUGAGCGUGUUCUAACGCCUGUAUGUGCGAGUGAGAUGACUGGAGAAUUAAUGCAAUUUUACUCUUUUUCUUUUAUGUUUUGAUGGCAAACACGAGUAAGAUGUCGUCAACAACACAAGAUUUUAUCUAUUGUAGUAUGUUAUGAAGAACCUACUGUAAUUUUGUUUUAUUUUGUUGGGUUUUUUUUUUCUUUUUCCUUUCUGUCUCCCCUUCCCCCCCUUCCCCGUCACCCUUCACGCAGCCUGCAAGACAUUGUAAAUAGUUCAGAAAAAAAUUGUAAAAAAAAACAACCCCCAAAAACAUAUUUGAUGGUGAGGUGCUUAAGCUACUGUAUGUUCCACUGUGUCUGUUGUGCGAGAGUGAAUGCCACAGGGUGUACAACCCUUAGACAAGGACCAUGUAUAUAUUCUGAGACGGGUGACUUAUGCUACCGUUUUCAAAUGGUUUACUUUAAUACUGCGACGACUCAAGGCCAACUUCAGUCGGCAAAGGGAUGGAUGAUGGAUGCAACAGAAAUGAAGUAGAAGUUCCCCCUCCCCUCCCCUGGUCUUCGUUGGUGUGAGUGGAGAGAAAUGUCCCAUGUUCCUGACUGUCGUUAUGCCAAGUUGUUGUACGUGGAGCCUAGAAACCCGUCUUAGAAUAACAAUGGUCUUUGUCGGUAGUCUGUGAGAAAUGCUAUUUCUGCCCACUGUGAUUUCAACAACAACAACAAUGCUGAUUCCGUGUCGUGGGUGAGAUCUAUGAAAAAAAAGUACAUAUAUAAAUAAAAGCUUUAAAAAGACCA